ACCUACCUCAAAGGGCUGCUACAAGACUUAUAUGAGCUCGUAAUGCCUUCAGCAUAUUGAAAGAGGCAGCACAGGUAUAGGAAUGGUGUACUUAGCAAGUUGUAAGCACUAUUAGGAGGGUAAAUGCAACAAUGCAUGGAUAUUAUAGUAACAGUAUGGAGAAAGAGCGUUGAAAUCAACUCAAAACUUGAUGGGUUUCCUAGGAAGGCACUGCCUGUGCUGGCUCUAAACUUUGGUCUGUUAACUGUUUUAUCCUUAUACAGUCUGCCAUGGUAUGCUUGUAUCUCAACAACAGCAACAACAAACCACCCCUCCCCCCCCAAAACCAAAAGCCAUUCAUAGCAGCUAGUUAUCUACCCAUGUGUGUUUACCUCUCCUCCAAACUGAGCUGCUUCAACGUUAACUGAAUGAUAGCCAUAGUUGUAUGGACAGAGGUUGGCACAUCUUCUAUUAAUUCUUAAGUGUUUGGUGAAAGUAGUUGGAUUUGUUAAUGGUUGCUCUUAUCAGCAACUGAGUGUAACAUAAAAGUUGAGGUUACAUUUUUUUCUUCCUUUGGUUCAUCUCAUCCAUGCCUAGGCUUAAUGUCCUUCAUAUCUCAGCUUCUCUCAUCAGUCACAGACCUAUGUAGUUUGGCUAUUUGACAUUUUCCUCUCAAUGUGGAAGCCCCUCCAUCAGACCAUAGUCGCAGUGCUCAGUCUGUGAGGCAGCUUGAUAAACUGUCCUCUUUUCUUAGAUAAAGGAGAAAGCACCAGGCAGCUUGUCAUCUUUAUUCUCGACUGUACUGGUUUCUUAUGGCUCUUGUGACAAGUUAGUACAAACCAAGUGGCUUAUACCAAUUCUUGUUACAGUUCUAGAGGUCAAGCCCUAGAUUCAAGGACCCAGUCGCUUGCCCUUUCCAACUUCUAUAGGCUGCCUGUAGUCCUUUGUUCCAUUUUUAAGGCUGACUGGGCAGUAGCUUCAAAGCUGUCUCCCCUGCUUCUCUCAUAAGCUUUUUUUCUUUUUUCUUUUCUUUUUUUUUUUCUGAUUCUGACUAUCUUGUCCCUAGCCCAGCCGGCCAGUUUCAGGACAAUCUCCUCAUAACCUUUACUGAACCAUGUCUGCAAGCUCCCUUCUGUCACCUUACAGAAUGGAUCAGAUUAUGGCACUGGGGGGGGGGGGGGAAGUAGGUCUUGGUGGGGAACAUUAUUCUGUAAAACACAACUAAAGGCUGGGCGGUGGUGGUGCACGCCUUUAAUCCUAGCACUUGGGAGGCAGAGGCAGGCGGAUUUCUGAGUUCGAGGCCAGCCUGGUCUACAGAGUGAGUUCCAGGAUAGCCAGGACUACACAGAGAAACCCCGUCUCGAAAAACCAAAAAAAAAAAAAAAAAAAAAAAAAACCACACACACACAACUAACUAACGAAGUUGGAAUUGGGUACCACCCAAUGUUAAACUCUAGGGUUUGCUCAUAGCCCUGAACUAGGCACCUUUAUCUCACCACACUCUGUUUCUUCAAAAGUUUCCUAGUCCAGUUUGUCCCCCUUUUGCUCUUUUAAAUUUACCAAUCCCGAAGUCAAUUUUCCAAGGACAAGUAAAUUGGGGACACGUGUAUGGGAAGAUAAUUAAAUUGAUCGGUAUCAUUCCACAUGGAAAAUGUGAGCGGAGCGUGUUUCCCCAACUAACAUAUCCACAUUCCAUCGUUCUACCACAGUCAUCGGUAAGGAAUGCCACUACAAUUUAGUAACUUACAAAGGCAGCUUUCUUUCCGUCGUCUUGCUAAAUGUUACUCCCACCUGUUUCUGCAACCGUGCUAGAAACCUGUCCUACCUAUUCAUCACCCCCCCACCCCCCACCCCCGCUUGGCGCUGGCCUCCGCGCGUUUCCAUCCCCAACGCUAUCCCCUUGGUGGUGGCUCUGAUCGAUUCCCUGGCCCAGCCCUAGCCCUUGCUGUGUCUGUUCAUUUCCAUUGCCCAUUUAAGACGUCUUUGCUUGGAAUUAAGUCUUCCGUCUUCAAACCCACGCACCCAGGUAAGUAUCUAACGUUCAAGCGAGACGACUCUCCAGUUUCAUCCAGGAUCAGACUUGCAACCCAAUCUCUACGGCUUCAUAGUCCACACAGUCCCUGCCUCUGUGAAAGAUGGAGUCUAAAUGGGCUUUACACUUUACAUUUGGUAGUCCUGGAAGGAGGAGUUUUGAGUACUCAUGUCUGGGCUUUCUGUCAGGGUCUUGAAAUUAGGAGUUCGACUGAGCCCAGUUCCCCCGCAGCCUCGCACGCGUUAUUUCGUCCUAAAUUGAUAACUUUCUAGCGCAGGCAGGUCGGGUAUUAGUCUUCCGACUUACAGAAGGAGGAAACUGAGUCGUGGUAUUUCAGGCCCAGCCUCCAUAGCACCUUGAUGCUGUUAAUAACUCACUUGGGUCAUUCUUUCUCCUUGUCCAACUUUCUCGCACCUAGCUGACUGUCCACAGCCGAGCGACUAACUGCAGAAGGACGAGGCUUUCUCCAACGGCCGCUCCGGCUCUUCCCCAUACGCAGUGACGCGACCGAUGACGCUAUUCAGUGACGUGUGAUGACGUGCCUCACCCUGAGCCAGGUGUCGGCAGGGCGGCCACACCCUGAGGGCCCAGUUCAGGACCGGCACUGUGGCUCCGACCUGGGGAGACACGCCGCAAGACCCCCGCCUGAGGCGACCUGGGGCCCUGGAGUCCUGGGUCCUACCGGCCGACGGUUGAUCCGUUGCUAAGUGACGCCAGCGCGCAAAGCGCGUGCGCGGCCACGGCGGUGUGCGUGAAGGCGGGCGCGCGCCGCGACGGCGGCGGCGAGGAAGGCGGCGACGGCGGCGGUCGAGGGGGCGGCGGCCACGAGGCGGGGUCGUUGCUGGCGGAAGAGACGUGUGUGGCGGCGUCUAGGUCGCUGAGGAACAUCGUCGGGGUCAGUGACUACCGUCUGUUCCACACGAUGAGUAACAGCCACCCUCUUCGCCCCUUUACUGCAGUGGGGGAAAUCGAUCAUGUGCACAUUUUGUCUGAGCAUAUUGGUGCCUUGUUGAUUGGUGAAGAAUAUGGUGAUGUUACAUUUGUUGUGGAAAAGAAGCGCUUUCCUGCCCACAGGGUAAUUUUAGCAGCUAGGUGCCAAUAUUUUCGAGCAUUGCUGUAUGGUGGAAUGCGAGAGUCGCAGCCUGAAGCAGAGAUCCCUCUCCAGGACACCACGGCCGAGGCCUUUACAAUGCUCCUCAGAUAUAUCUACACGGGCCGGGCAACACUGACCGAUGAGAAGGAGGAGGUGCUGCUGGACUUUCUGAGCCUGGCUCACAAAUACGGAUUUCCAGAGCUGGAGGAUUCUACCUCCGAGUAUCUCUGCACCAUACUGAACAUUCAGAAUGUCUGUAUGACUUUUGACGUUGCCAGUCUCUACUCGCUUCCCAAGUUGACGUGUAUGUGCUGCAUGUUCAUGGACAGAAACGCUCAGGAGGUGCUGGCCAGCGACGGCUUCCUCUCCCUGUCCAAGACAGCACUUCUGAACAUCGUCUUAAGAGAUUCGUUUGCUGCUCCUGAGAAAGAUAUUUUCUUAGCUUUGUUAAACUGGUGUAAGCACAAUGCCAAAGAGAACCACGCUGAGAUCAUGCAGGCGGUGCGCUUACCUCUGAUGAGUCUCACCGAGCUGCUGAACGUGGUGAGGCCGUCAGGACUCUUGUCUCCGGAUGCUAUUCUAGAUGCCAUCAAAGUGCGCUCGGAGAGCCGGGAUAUGGACCUCAACUACAGAGGCAUGCUCAUACCUGAAGAAAACAUUGCAACUAUGAAGUAUGGGGCCCAGGUAGUGAAAGGAGAGCUGAAGUCGGCCUUGCUGGAUGGUGACACUCAAAACUAUGACUUGGAUCAUGGAUUUUCCCGGCACCCCAUCGAUGAUGACUGCCGCUCUGGCAUUGAGAUCAAGCUUGGCCAGCCAUCCAUUAUAAACCACAUACGCCUACUCCUGUGGGACCGUGACAGCCGGUCUUACUCCUACUUCAUCGAGGUGUCCAUGGACGAGCUUGACUGGAUCAGAGUGAUAGAUCAUUCACAUUACCUGUGUCGCUCUUGGCAAAAGUUGUACUUCCCAGCUCGGGUGUGCAGGUAUAUUCGAAUAGUUGGGACUCACAACACAGUGAACAAGAUUUUCCACAUUGUGGCUUUUGAAUGCAUGUUUACAAACAAAGCCUUCACUCUGGAGAAGGGCCUGAUAGUUCCCAUGGAGAAUGUGGCAACGAUUGCUGACUGCGCCAGUGUGAUCGAAGGGGUCAGUCGGAGCCGGAAUGCCUUGCUGAAUGGGGACACUAAGAAUUAUGACUGGGACUCUGGCUACACAUGCCACCAGCUGGGGAGUGGCGCCAUUGUGGUUCAGCUGGCACAGCCGUACAUGAUUGGCUCAAUACGGUUAUUACUCUGGGACUGCGAUGACCGAAGCUACAGCUACUAUGUUGAGGUUUCCACCAAUCAGCAGCAGUGGACCAUGGUGGCUGACAGAACGAAAGUGUCCUGCAAGUCCUGGCAAUCGGUCACUUUUGAAAGACAGCCUGCAUCCUUCAUCCGAAUCGUGGGAACACACAACACAGCAAAUGAGGUGUUCCACUGUGUGCACUUUGAGUGUCCAGAGCAGCAGAGCAAACAGAAAGAGGACAGCAGUGAGGAGCCUGGGACAGGGGACCUCAGUACCCCCAGUCAGCAGCUCGACCCUCGUGCCCCGCGGGCACCCAGCGCCAGCUCACUCCCGCCCAGUCCGGGCCCCAACUCCCGUUCACCCAACCAACAGAACCAAUAAAGCAGGCAGAGGAUGUCAUGGGACUUGGGUGGGCCUGGAUGGAGUGGUGUCCUCCCCCAUCCCUGGGAGGAACAGGCCUGACUGCAAAGCCCACCCCAACCAGGUUUUUCCCUCCAGGGACAGAAGGGUGCCUGUGGUCUCCCCGCUCCUCAGGCUGUCUCCAGGGGGAGGAAGUGGGUGUUGUGACUCUUUAAGUCCACCAUCAAUCCCUACCUCUAAUCUAACCCAGGUACCAGCACUGAAGGAAUCUAUAAACAGGCCCAAGCUGGAAUUAAAAAAAAAAAAAAAGGUACCCUAUGCCUUGACAAAACCAGAAAGGGCCUGGAGUGUCCCCUCUCUGGCUGUCUGCUUGAUGGUUUGUGGUUGUGCAGGUUUUCCCCGCCUGCUAAGCCUGGUGUUGAAGGCUUGUGGAUUGCUCUGGCCCUCUACAAAGGUCUUCCUCAGUCUCCAGUGCUUGCCCAUGGGCAGUUUUAAGCUUUGAGGAGGCUAAAAGAGACCAGAUGCAGUUCGUCAUGGCACCCGGCCUGACAAGAAAAAUCCUUGAAGUUCAACCAGACACACAAUGUGCAGAUCAAUCACUCUGUGGACACUGGAGUUAAUAACUGAUGAGAUUGCCGCUCUGUUAACCUGUUCCUGAUGUUUGCCCGGGAGGCGGCGUGCAAGCAGGUACCACACGAGCUGCUGGAGAGCCACCCAGAAGCCCGUGUCAACAGAUACUUGCCCAGCCCAAGGCUGACCUUCUGGGCCUCGUGGUUCAGCUGCCCUUGGACUUGGAUCAGCCAGCAGACGGUGUGUCGGGAGCACAGGCCCGGGACUCAGCCCAUCUCCCGCACUGAGUCAUCCACCUGGGGUAGUAAACAGCAGGUCUCUGGUUUUGACCACUGCAGCUCCACCCAGUCCCUCUGUCCCUCCUGUGGCUUCCAUGAACAGCUCAGCCUCUGUGCCUCUACGCACCAUCUCAAGGCCCCAUGAGGCCACCUUAACAUGCCCUGUUAGCGUGCUCAGAGAACAGGGCUUUGGGUCGAGUCCAGUCCUAGAAGUGAAAGGAUGAGUCAGGCAUCUCUCUGAGUUUUUGGUGGAAUGGCUGGUCCACAUGGAAGACGCCUCAGCUGCAGUGGGGGCCAUCUUCCUGUGAGUUCAGGCCUAGGGUGGCAGAGCUGGGUCCCAAGGAGACCAGUCAAGAGUCUGAACCUCUGGCUUCAUUUUGCUGUGUGGUGUGGCUGCCUUUGGUAAGGAGGCUUCCAUGGAUGGAUGGCAGGGUGUAGCUAUUGUGUGGGGGGCGCUGCCUUUGCCAGCAUCCAGCCCGGAGUUGCCAGUAUCUCUAGCAAGCAAUACUCCCUGCCAGUGCACAAGGAACCCCAGUCCUGUGGAGGAUGGGGUUUGUCGCUUUUGGAAGAUAAGUGUGAGAGCUUGUUAGUUUUGUUGGUCAUUUGCUUAAGAUAGAUCCUCCUCCUGUAAUCCAGGUUAGCCACACUCCUGGCAAUUCUAUGUCAGCACCCCGAGUUCUCAGCUUAUAGGUAUGAGCUGCCACAUGCUACCAUAAGACAUUUUUGUAAAGACUGAAGACAAGAUGUAGGUCCAGGCCUGGAGCCCAGCAGUUUCCCUGGGGCAGUGGGUCUGAGCUGGCAAGGAGCCCCUGGUGUCCACCCCAGAUGUCACCACACACACCUAGCACACUAGGUGCUGGGCACUCAGUCCUCUCGCGGCAGCUUCAGUUCACAUCUGGCUAGCCCAGGCUCAUCUGAGACCCAUGCCUCAUGGCUUCCUUUCUCCCUUCAGACCCCCACCGUCUAACCCCCAAUGAUUGUGCAUUCAGGUUGUAAGACCAUAGAGGCUGGUUACCUUCAGUAUGCGUGGCCAUGGUGAUACACAGGAUACACCUCAGAUACACAGGAUGGGAGAUGGGACAUCAAAGUCAUCAGUGCCAGAGGGAGUGGGGGGAGUUCAGAGAACCGUGGCAAGACCUCAGUCACCUGGGCUGACUCCCAGGCUGCCCUUGGGAUGCCUUUCCUGCUCAGGAUGCAGGAAAAGGAUUAUGUCCCAUUUGACACAGGAGUGUACCUACCCUUGGCUGAUGCCCAUGUGAUGUGCCCAGAUGCCAUAGCCAAGGGUGUCAUAGCCACACCUAAGGUAAGGUCCACAUUUCCAGGGGAUAGAGAUGAGCUAGAGCUUGGCUUGUCCCCUGCAGGAUUAUCCUGCAGCCAACAGACUGGAAGCGACACUCGAGUGCUGAGCUGAGCAGAAGCGCUAACAAGUCAUGCUGGGUGGGAACUGAGGGCUCCCAUGUACCAAGUCGCCCUGGCACUGCACAAGGUGAUGCUAACUCUUAAGGACCUUUGGGUGCCAGGAAGGGUCACAGUCAAGCUAUUGGGGGUGGGGGGGCUGAAGCAGUUUGAGCUGUUGCUCCCCCAGCCCUGCCCUUGUCCCUAAGGGCAUCAGUGUGAAUAUGACUCUCGUGGGCUCAGCAUGGAGGGCGUGGCUCCCUCCUGAUGCCUCGAGCCGGCUGUGGAAUGGCACCGCUUCCGGGUGCAGAGCUUCCUGCCGGUGAUUGUGUUCUUUAGGAUGGCAGAUGACAUCACUGGGGCUUUGAGAAGUGUUCAGUCUCACCCACAGGGACUCCCACGGAACAAAUGUGAACUGGACAGGGAGGUCUGGUCUACAGCGUGGGCUUGAGGGUAGCUGCUCUCUGCACAGCAGCUUUAAGCAGCCACAGGUGGUCUUGCACUUAGACUCGGAGUUUCCUGCGCCCUCAGUACUACUUCCGCCCUGAUCUUAGUGGGGCCACAAGCCCAGGUAGACGUGGGACUUUCCCGUGGCUCUUCAGCGGUCGCUUUUCCAUCUUACUAAAUGAAGUGUCGAUUCCUGACAAACACAUUACAAGUCUUUCAUUCCUAGAAAGAGUUGGAAAAAGAAAUUCUUUUCAGCAGGAGAGGGCCGUGUUUGUUAGACCGAUUCCUUGCCUCCCCACCAAUGAGUUUUGAAUUGUGCAAGAAAAAAAAAAUUGCUCAGUAGUUAAGCCAUCUCCAGCAGUUGUCAGAGCUCUGGGCGGGCAGCUGAGCAGUCUCCCGCUCCAACUCUGAAGGUAACAGGACUGCAACCGCAGCCUCCGCAGAGCCGUGGGGAUGGGGUGAAAUCUGUCACAAGUUGGGCCUGGUGUGCUUGGUAGGACUGCAGGCCUCCCUCCGCGUGGGGACAGAGGUGUCAGAGCAGAGGCCUGUCUCCUAGGAGGUCCCUCCUCAAACUUGGCCCUGCCACAUUGUUCCCCUUCACCUUGCCUCCUGUGUGGCAGUGCUGAGGUGCCCACCGCCACGGGCACUGGGCAAGCCAUAGUCAUUCUGCAGCACGGUCAUUGACUUUAUCCUGACAACAGGCACUACAAUGCCCUGUGCCACCAGGUGGGAUGCCUCAUACAAAGGGUUCUGAGGUCUCCAGAAGGGAGGAGAGUGGCUGAGGUAGCCAUGCUGGAGGGCACCCAACUCUCCCCUGGAUGAGGGCGUGGGCGGGCUUCACUUCGCUUCUGUAGGGCAUGGAAGGAACCCAUCCCCCACCCCCUCCAGUGUCUGUUCCUCCCUGUCCUGUCUUUUGUCCUUCACGUUGAAAAAUGCACAGGACUACUUGUUCCAGAAUAAGCUUUCAGUCUAGCAGAGACUGCAUUGCCUCUCUGGCUAGGCCAUUCCUGACCCAAGUCCAGGGCACCUGGUCCUCUACUGUCCCCACCCAAACCCUGUUUCCAGUCUCUGCUACUAGAAGCCAGACUGAGUGGGGCUUCUGGACAGAUAGGUCCCCUUCAGCCCCCAGCCAAGGACACAACCACCCCCGUAAUUUACGGUCAAUGUCCUCCCAGAACUUGCCACUUACAGCUCUGGGCAGUUGGGUGAAGUGGUGGCCCAGAACCACACACCUAUUUCUGCCUUGUCUCCAGCCUCUCAGUCUUUCCAAGUACUAAGAGUGUCACCUUUGGAAGCCAGUGGCAGUGGAGGUGCAAAGCAGGGUCCCCAGCCCAUUGAGGGAAAUCAGUGUAGGCUGUAAGUGGGUUUCAUCUCUGAGCCCCAGGGGUUACAGCUGCCCUGGAGAUCUAGCUGAGGCUUCCCCCACAACCUCUGAUGGCUGCUUCAGGCCUAUGUUCCAGCCAUCCCCCACCCCCCACCCCCCAAUUGUAGCUUGACAUGGGGUCAGUACUGGUGUCCAGCUGUCACAGAAAUAGUCCCUCUAAAAUUGGCUUCAGGCCAUAGUUGAGUAAGAAUGGAGAGAAUCUCAGCCAGGAUUACUGGGGUCUUGGAAAGCCAGGGCUAGGACAGCUCUGGGUCUCAGGAUGGCCUUCCAAAAGUGGGCUUCUAGGAUACCACGUGAGCCUGAAAGCCAGGAAGUUCCUUGUCAGACUGGCUUAGGGCUGAUGUCCCCAAGUCACAUUCUAUCUCCACCCCUAUCCCCAGCACCCAGGAUAGUAACUGGCUUGGGUCAUGCCUUUGCAGUGAAGGCAGGUGACCGCUCCCCAUGGGUGGCGAUGCACAGUGCCCAUGAGCUGCUCUGGCCAAACUUGUGGAGACUGGAUCUUCCAGAGAUGAGUAGCCACUUCCCCUCCAGGCUACCAUUUCUAGGCCUCUGAAGAUUGUGAGUGCCAUCCCGAUAUGGUGCGGGUCAUGGUAACCCUGGGCACAGCCCCCUGAGGAAGUAUCCAGGGCAGUGUUUGGAAUGUUUAUGAGGUGGCAUGGCGUCUUUGUGUAGCAAGCUGUGUUGUGACCCUCGGUUCAUGUGUGUGCAAGGCCACUACAGGCUCACCAUAAAAAUAAAGCGGUGACUUUGA